AUGUCGCAAACUGCCGCCGAAAAGGCUACACUUCUUCAGAUUAUCGCAGACUGUAAGGCUGCCGUCAGGAGACACGAUGACUCAUCGGACUCGGACGAAACAGAAGUCGCAUACGGUACAAACAGAGGGAACAAACUCAAGAGGAAGGCGCGACAAGUCCAUGCCGGGAGUCUCGACGAACCGACGGGGAAGAAACUCACGCCGGAGGUGAUCGAGUACAAUGGCCGGCAACGAAUGAUUCUUUAUCGAAACACUGGAAAGCGGGACGAACCUGAAGAACAGCGGGCACCGGGGUCGGGAAGAAAGAGAAAACAGAAGGCCAAUGCUAAUAUCGAAGAAGAGGGCCCUGUUGAUCUGGACCCUUAUGCCAAUAUUCAUCUUGAGACUCUCCUUGCGCCUGCCGUCGAGCCGAAGGACAUACCGAACCACCCUGCCUUAUCAAUACCAUAUAAAUCCCGGCACCUAACCGACCUAUGCGACCAAGUCUUGGAUAUAAUAUGCGCCGAACAUAAACAUCUUGUCACGAUAAAACGACUAUUAACCCACUUAUUGGGGGAUGAUCCGUGGGUUUCGGGCGAUAAGAUGGAGUCGGUAGUGGCGCCGAAGUUUAUCCAAGAGGCACAGGCUAUGAUUCAGGAACGGGAAAGGGCAAAGGCUGUCGCCAGUGAACUGGAGAGCCAGCCGAAAGAGACCCAAUCGACGAUACCUGACGGGGAUAUCGAAAUGUUGGAUAGUGCAAGACCGGAUGAGGGUGCCGAAAAGCUGCCUACAAAUGAAGUACCAGCAAAGUCGCCGAUACCAAAGGUUGAGCAUCCAUCCCCGCCAGAUGGGUUCGCAGAGGCCGCAGGUGAAUCAUCAUCGACAGCACAGAACAGACUGCCUCAGAACCCACCGGCAGCGGUAACCAACGACGACCCGAACGUCAUGCAAAUAAUUGAUGGUACUACCUCUGCACCUGCAGGUCUCCCAGCCGGUGUGGAUCCGUACGAGAUCAUAAAUUGUACUUCUCCCUGGUUCUACCCGCCGGCACGCGAUGAAGAUGCUAGAAAUUUUGGUCUCCCACCACAGGAAGCUGAAGAGACCCGGCAACUGCUGCUGUUGGCUGUACAAAAGGAAGAAGAAUUCAUCAGAGGGCUGGAAAGGGUUCGUGCCAUGCUGUUGAAAGCUGACCGACAGCGUAAGGAUGUUUGGAACUGGUGCCGUGCAGAUGGGGCACCAGAUCUAAGCGACGGGGAGGAUUAUGUGGACUUGGAGUACUGGGGCCUGAAGGAGGGAGAUCUAGUGAAGGGGGCAGAGGAGGAAGAGGAGGAAGAUCCAAAGGGCAAGAAGACAGCCCGGACAAGUCGGAGAAACUAG